ACGGUCUCUUCCGGGUCAGCUCGCCGGAAGCGACCAGGCGGACACGCCGCACCGCCGCUGCUGACUCUCCUGAUGAUGAACCGGAGCAGAGACACGUGAUGAGUUAAGUUUUCAUGAAGAUGAGAGGAACCUGCCUGAGAGCAGCACAGACGUCUGAACCUGCCCUGGAGGAAAGUUAACCCACCAAUGGCCUGCCAGUCUGUCGCUGCAGUCAUGGACGAGCAGGCCCUGCUGGGGCUCAACCCCAACGCCGACGCCCGCUACAGGCAGAGGGCGAUGGCGUACUUCGAGCAGCUGAAGGAGUCUCAGGACGCCUGGGAGGUUUGUGCUGAGGCGCUCGCUAAAGGAAUUUACAAUGACGAUCACGUGAAAUUCUUCUGCUUCCAAGUUUUGGAACAUCAGAUCAAGUUCAGACACGCUGGUCUGAGCGUCGUCCAGCAGCAGAUGAUCCGAGAGACUCUGAUGAAGUGGCUCCAGUGUCAGCUGAUGAACGCUCAGCCGGAGAAACCCUUCAUCAGGAACAAGGCGGCGCAGGUGUUCGCCCUCACCUUCGUGAUGGAGUACCCGACGCUGUGGCCCAAGUACUUCUUCGACGUCCUGUCUCUGGUGGGUCUCAACCCGAACGGCGUGGACGUCUACCUCAGGACGCUGAUGGCCAUCGACGCUGAGGUGGUCGACAGAGACAUCCUGCACUCGGCCGAGGAGACUCGGAGGAACAUGUUAAUCAAAGACGCCAUGCGGGAGCAGUGCAUCCCGAGCCUGGUGGAGUCCUGGUUCCAGAUCCUGCAGACGUAUCAGCGCUCUCACCCGGAGCUCACCUGUCAGUGUCUGGAGGUGGUCGGCGCCUUCGUGUCCUGGAUCGACCUCAACCUCAUCGCCAACGACCGGUUUGUGAACCUGCUGCUGAGUCAGAUGUCGGUGGACGAGCUCAGAGAGGAGGCCUGCGACUGCCUGUUUGAAAUCGUCAACAAAGGAAUGGACCCAGUGGAUAAAACCAAACUGGUGGAGUCUCUGUGCCAAGUGCUGCAGUCGGCAGGAUUCUUCAACGUGGAGCAGGAGGAAGACGUCGACUUCCUGGCCAAGUUCUCUCGGCUGGUGAACGGGAUGGGUCAGAGUCUGGUGCUCAGCUGGACCAAGCUCGCCAAGUCGGGCAACGUGAAGGAGGCCGCCGAGACGCUGCAGGCGGUGGAGGCCAAAGUGCCGCUGCUGCUGCAGCUGCUGGUGCACGAGGACGACGACAUCUCGGCCAACAUCGUCGGCUUCUGCUACGAAUACCUGCACGUCCUCAAACAGCUUCCUCAGUUGACGGAUCAGCAGAAAACAAGCAUCGAGGCCGUCAUGCUCGCCAUCAUGAAGAAACUGACGUACGAUGACGAGUACAACUUUGAAAACGAGGGCGAGGACGAGGCGAUGUUCGUGGAGUACAGGAAGCAGCUGAAGAUGCUGUUGGAUCGUUUGGCUCAAGUUUCCCCUGAGCUGCUGCUGGAGGCCAUUCGCCGAGUCUUCACCAACACCAUGCAGAACUGGCAGACGACUGUGUUCAUGGAGGUGGAGGUCGCCAUCAGGCUGCUGUACAUGCUCGGCGAGGCCCUGCCGGCGUCUCACGGCGCUCAUUUCUCCGGGGAGACGGUGAAGACGAGUGCUCUGCAGGACAUGAUGAGGACGCUGGUGUCGUGUGGCGUCAGCAGCUACCAGCACAGCUCCGUGUCGCUGGAGUUCUUCGAAACCGUCGUCCGAUACGACAAAUUCUUCCUCGUGGAGCCGCAGCACAUUCCCAAUGUCCUGAUGGCGUUUCUGGACCAAAGAGGACUGAGACACAACAGCCCGAAGGUUCGGAGCAGAGUCGCCUACCUCUUCUCCAGAUUCGUCAAAACGCUGCAUAAACACAUGAACGGCUUCAUCGAGGACAUUCUGACCAGGAUCCAGGAUCUGCUGGAGCUCGCUCCUCCUGAGAACGGUUUCCUGGCGCUGCUGACCAGUGACGACCAGCUCUUCAUGUUCGAGACGGCGGGGAUUCUGAUCGUGAACGGAGAGAGUCCUGCUGAGAGGAAACAGGCUCUGAUGAGGAGUCUGCUGGCGCCGCUGAUGGACGCUUUCCACCUGCUGCUCGCCAAACUGUUGCAGGAGACGGAGGACGAGAGACAGGCCGCCCUCGCCGACUGUCUCAGCCACGCUGUCGGAUUCGCCAGUCGGACCAGUAAGGCGUUCAGCAACAAGCAGACGGUGAAGCACUGCGGCUGCACCGAGGUCUACAGGGACUGUCUGCAGACCUUCCUGCCUGCACUGAGCUGUCCUGUCCAGCGGGGGGCGCUGCGCAGCUCGGUCCGCUCCUUCCUGCACCGGAUGAUCAUCUGCAUGGAGGAGGAGGUGCUGCCGUUCGUCCCCGCCGCCUCCGAGCACAUGCUGAAGGACUGCGAGGCCAAAGACCUGCAGGAGUUCAUCCCGCUCAUCAGCCAGAUCACCGCCAAGUUCAAGCGGCAGGUGUCCCCCUUCCUGCAGCAGGUCUUCAUGCCGCUGGUCCUCGCCAUCUUCGAGGUUCUGGCUCGGCCGGCGGAGGACAACGACCAGGCGGCCGCUCUGGAGAAGCAGAUGCUGCGAAGGAGCUACUUCACCUUCAUCCAGACCAUCACAGGCAGCGGCAUGAACGAGGUGAUGGCCAACCAGGGAGCUGAAAACAUCGAGCGAGUGGUGUUCACCAUCAUCCAGGGGGCGGUGGACUUCCCCGACCCCAUCGCGCAGAAGACCUGCUUCAUCGUCCUCUCCAAGCUGGUGGAGCUGUGGGGAGGUAAAGACGGGAUGGUGGGAUUCCCCGACUUCAUCUACAAACACAUCGUCCCUGCUUGUUUCCUGGCUCCUCUCAAGCCGACCUUCGACCUCUCCGACGCUCAGACCGUCCUGACUCUGUCGGAAUGUGCCGUCACGCUGAAGAUGAUUCAUCUCAAACGGGGGCCCGAGUUCAUCCAGUUCUUACAGCAGGAGUACCUGCCCUCGCUGCAGGUGGCGCCAGAGAUUUCACAGGAGCUUUGUCAAGUUCUUCAGCAGCCGGACGUCAAAGUCCUGAAGAACUACAUUAAGGCGUUCUUUCAGCGAGCGAAGCUGUAGGAAAUGAAACUGGAAGUUCACUGGGACUAAAGGACUCUCCACAGGAAGUGGGCGGACACGCUGCUUUACAAUAAAACUAAAAAUGGAACUUAGCAUAGGAGCUGCUUUUGCACUUAAGAAGUAAAUGCAUAACGAAGCCCAGUCCGUCUGAGUCGGGGGAAACGGACAGAAGGUCAGUGGACGGAUCAACGUCCUCCAGCUCCCGAGAGAGACGAGCUGUCCACGUGGACUCGAGACGUGGAGGACGCUCAGAGAACUUUGUGGAAAACGUGGAGUUUGUGUGGAAAAGGACUUUUAGACGUGAAACCCGGGUCUGAGGGGGAGGACGUCUCGUGGAGAAAGUUUUGAAAAGAUCCCGAAAUCUUUGUUCUAGUGGAACCUUCACAGUAGAAAACACAUUUCAACACAAUUUGAGUUAUUUUUCGUUUGCUGCCACAGAACGGAUAAAAAAAAGGGCAGAGUCGCAUCAUUUAUUAAAAAUGUGGCAUUGAUGAUUUAGUUUAACGUGCUGAGGGCCGGUUGGUUUUUAGUUUGAAGUGAAACGUUUGAGCUCGACGCGCGUCCGCCUUCACGACUUCUUUUUCCUUCAUUUAAAAACAAUCCUUUCCGUUCUGUCUCUUACGUUAAUCACAUGAUCGGAAGCUACGUCAGUCGUGAGUUUACGAUUACAUUUCCUGGAAUUCUGACAAAAUACUUUUGGCUGUUUUCAUUUCAAACUGAACUUAAACGGAGGAACAAAGUGUAAAUAAGAGAAUACGAUGUGGAAAAUGUAAAUAAAGUUCCUAGCUUUAGUUAUUUUUUUUUUUAAAUCUUCACUCACAUCUGGAAACUAAACGUUGAAGCUCGUUCUGCCAGAAAAUGGAAAGAAAUUAAAAGUUAAGAAUGAUUUAAAAAAACAUCAAAUGCCAAUUUAAAAAAAUCCAUAAAGUAUUUCACAAAUAUUCUGACAUGUUUUUUACCUUGAAUGAAAAUCUCACAAUUCAAUGUUUGAGACAUGAAUUAGAUUCUCAAAGGGAAAUUUACUAUUUUAUAAUUUUCAUUCAGUAAAUCUUUUAUUUCGAAUCUCAAAAUGUCGACUCGUUAAAAUUGAAGCAGACUUAGUAAAAAAUAUAUACGGUUAUUCAGAAAGUAUUAAUUGACUUAUUUCCCGACUAAAUGUCUAAACUAAACUAUUUUUUUUCCUUUUCUUGGCAGAAACGAGCUGCUCUAGAAACAAACUCGUUUGUAGGCGUCGCUCGUGCUGCUCUAGAAACAGGAAACUGCUCGUGCACGGCUGCUCUAGAAACAGGAAACUGCUCGUGCACGGAAGCAGUUCAGUGAAUCUAUAUCGAAGCUUUCGAUUGAUUAUGCAAAACGCUUUUUUGCAGAGAAACUGUGAAGCAGCACGAAACCAAUCCGACGAUGAGAUUCAGAUUCAAUGUAACGACGACUCUACAGAAACGGCUUUUUUAUCAAUAUGUUAUAGAAAAUACACACACACCGUUUCCACCAUUAACAUUUUGUCGUGUUUAGUUCGUUUCUUGUAGUUUAGUUUAUUUUCCUUCAGCUUUAGUUAAAAAAAGAUAUUUUUUCAGAAAAGUUCAGAGAAAGAAUUGAUUUAAAUUAAAUGUGGUUUUCCAGACGUUCAAUAUGUGGCAACGUUGACGAGAAAAUAAAAUCUCACCUAAAUAACUGAAUAGUUUUGAAUGGUUCAUAUAUUCGUGUUUAAUACACAGAUUCAGCUCAUGUCUAAUCUGGACAAAAGAAAAGGGACAUUUUAUUUUAUGAAACUGAAAAGUCAUUUUGCUAAAAUUCCGUGUGAAUCUACAAAGUAUUGAUUUGAUGCUGAGUUUGACAGAAUCUUUAAGUUUAUAUAAUUUACUUUUAAGAAAAAUCCUCUUGGGAUAAAAAUACUUUGUUUUUCCUAAAAUUAAAACCAAACUAGAGACGACAGCACGUUCGGAUGUUUCAGGAAAUAACGUUAAGUUAAAGUGUAAAGUUGUGACAUCGUAUGUUUCAUUGUGAAAAGCUGAAGUUUUUAUGGUAAAGAACCAAGUCGACAUGUUCUAAUGAUCUGACACCCGGUGAAGCUGCAGGUUUAAAACCUACUGGAUCAGUUCCCUGAACAAAACUCUUAAACAUUAGAACCUUUAACUUCACAUGUUGAACUUUUCAUUCUGUGAUGACACUUCUGUAGAGAAACAGCGACACGUGGUGGUUUGUCGUUAUCUGCAACAAAGUUCCCUCACUUCACCACCAGGUGUCGCCACACUAAACCAGGACGUCACCAUAGUUUAAAUAAACACUUAAAACAAUCAUGUUCAGUUGAAGUUUAUCGAUGAAUUUGUUUUUGUUUCCAGCUGAACGAGCGAACGUUUGCUCGUAUGUCAGAAAAUUCGCCAAAUGACUAAUUUGAUGGUUGAUGCUGAAAUGUUGAAUUUUUCUGUUCGAACCAAUAAAGUGUUUAUUCAUCUGAAA